GAAGCGGCCCAUCGAAUUGAAGAGAGCGGGCUUGGCGCGCCCCCUUUGUUCCGAUUCCAUAGCAAUCGCCCCUUGCUACCAGACGUGAUAGUACACACAGUAGAAGGCGGUGUUUCGUAACCUUUGUCGAGAGUUCACGUAUAGCUACUUUCGCGGCCGAGCUGCGCUGGCGGUAGGGGUAAAAAAGAAAAGCGAAAAAAAGAAGAAGAACCAGUUUCUUGACGAGAGUGGAGACGACUUCCCGUCGGCCGUUGCGGUUCUUCAAGACGUUUUGCGCGCGGCGGGGAAAAGUUGCACUUGCCGCAUCUGACACUGGCGUAUCUCUAUAUAAGCGUUAUGUUAUCUUAACGGCUGAUCGAGAGUGCAUUCUUCUUGCGGGUGCAUAUAGUAUACAGUGGACGGCAUGGCUUUGGAAGAUGCGCUACGGCGAUGUUAUCCUGUCCUGGUAACCGAAGACAGCGGGAAGCGGGAAAUAGCGGAACGUGUCGUUCGCCCCUUCGUACUCGACACCGACGCAGUGAUGAAAGUGCGGGACACGUUUCGCAGAGAGAUGGAGCUCGGCCUGCUCGCGAACCCUGAACGGCCGUCGUCGCUUCAGAUGGACGUCGCCUACAUUCCCGGACUUCCCGACGGAACGGAAAUGGGAGACGUGUUGGCUCUGGACUUGGGCGGAACCAACUUCCGAGUAUUGCACCUCCAUCUGACGCCCGGAAGUCCGGCUCGCUGCCGAGCACAGCACUACGCCGUGUCGCGUGCUGUGAGAACGGGCCCCGGAGAGAAGCUGUUCGACUUCUUGGCCGACUGCUUGCGGGAUUUCGUGGAGCAGAACGGCCUGGCGGGCCAGCGGCUUCCGUUGGGCUUCUGUUUCUCUUUCCCGAUCGCGCAUACAGCGCUCGACGCAGCCGUACUUACCGAGUGGGUCGUGAGCUACGACUGUUCGGGAGUGGUGGGCGAGGAUGUCGGCCGCAUGCUCAGGGAGGCGAUACGGAGGUAA